AUGGACAAGUUAAAUUGCAUAGAUUACUUGGUUAUAUCUGACUUUGAAUGUAAUAGUGGAAUGAAAGGCUUUGUCUUGCAUGAAAUAAUUGAAUUUCCAAUAGUAAUAGUUGAUGUUAAGAAUAAAAAGAUAAUCAAAGAGUUCACAACUUUUGUAAAGCCUACUUAUCAUCCAAAGUUGACUAAUUUUAUAAAGAAUUUGACGUAUAUUGAAUAAAAAGAUGUUGAUUAAGCUCCAACUAUUUCAGAAGUAUUUGAGAUAAUCACUUAAGAGAUAAAAUAAAACACCAAUGACAGUGAUUCUACUUUUUUUAUAUUUGAUUGUGAUUCUGAUGCAACAUACUUGAGAGCCGAAAUUAAUUUAAAAAAUCUAAAGCAUUCUCCAUAUUUCAACUAAUAUUUUAACCUUAAAGAGCUGUUUGAUAGAUUCUUCAAUGUAAAAGCUAAGUCUUUAGAAAAUAUGCUUAAAAUAUUAAAUUUAACUUAGACAGGACAUCCCCAUAUAGCUUUGCAUGAUGCUAGAAAUAUUUGCUAAGUAGUGAUGUGUAUGCUAGAAAAAGGAUAUAUUUUUGAUUAAACAUAAUUAAAGCAAGUAAUACUUUGA